GCGCUGUUGCCCGGGCCUCCCGCGUUGCCUGCCGACUAUAAACUUCCGGUGGCAACAUCCGGUGCCCUCUUCCAGCGGUCCGAGCCAACAUGGGUCGAGUCAGGACCAAGACGGUGAAGAAGGCCGCCCGGGUCAUCAUCGAGAAGUACUACACCCGGCUGGGGAACGACUUCCACACCAACAAGCGAGUGUGUGAGGAGAUCGCCAUCAUCCCCAGCAAGCCGCUGCGCAACAAGAUCGCCGGGUAUGUGACCCACCUGAUGAAGCGUAUCCAGCGGGGUCCCGUUCGAGGCAUCUCCAUCAAGCUGCAGGAGGAGGAGAGGGAGCGGAGGGACAACUACGUGCCCGAGGUCUCUGCUCUGGACCAGGAGCUCAUCGAGGUCGACCCCGACACCAAGGAGAUGCUCAAGAUGCUGGACUUCGGCGGCCUCACCAACCUUCAAGUCACUCAGCCGACGAUCGGGAUGAACUUCAAAACGCCGCGAGGACUCUGAGCUCUGCCCGACGUCCUGUCAAUAAACAGAGGAAACUGA